UGUCAUAACAAUUUCUCCACCCUGAGGAGACUGAAAGUGAACUAGGAUACGAAAAGCUAAAACCCUAGAGCCGGCAAAGGCCCUCCGACGGUUGGGUUGUUUUGGGUUGUGUCCUCGUCAGUGAGCAAAAUGGGUCGUGGCGGCGGCGGCGGCCGUUCUGGUUCCCGCUCCGGAGGAUUCAGAUCCUCCCGCUUCCGUUCCCGUUCCUCUGGCACAAGUUUAAAGAGUCCUAGUGCCCCUGAUGAGGUGGUGGUGAGAUAUUCGAACGGCGGCCCUGUUAGGGUUGUUCGUCCUUCAGACGUUGAAGGAGCUGCGUUUCAGAGUAAUUUAUAUUCCGAGUAUGAUAAAUACGGGACUCCUUCCGAAUACUUGCCUUGUGAGGGAUUUGAGAUUUGUGGCUGCAAAAAAUUGCUUAUGUCUGCGAUUGAGACAACCCUAUUUGAUGGGUGUGACAGUCCCGUCGGUUUGUCUUGCCGCCUUUUCUUGGAACUUUAUUGUGGUGUUGAGGUGGACAUUGGUGCGUUAAAGAAAGGCUCGACUUGCAGUGGUCCGGUUCAAAAAUGAACAUCCUCAACAAUGGCUUGCUCAAAGCUCUGGAUAUUGUGAAACCCUUUCUUAUGUCUUAUUUGUUGUUUUCAUUGCUUUUUCAUACAUGGUUUGUAAUCUCUUCAUAAUUCCAACGUGACAUGAAAUGCACUCCUAAUUCCAUAUGCUUUUGUCGAUGCAA